AUGGCGACAAAACAAUCGAAACCACAUCCACCAAUCGGUGACGCUUUGAGAGACAACGCAAGCAGUGUUGCCGUUACCAUGGAUAGUGAUCGAAUAGCUGCUGAUGAAGAUGUGGCAAAAGUUGCUACUGCUACGAAUACAAAUCCACGAUGGAAAUGGUACCUGAUCUUUUUUGGUUUGCAGCUGUCAGUAUUUUCUACAAUAUUAGAGUUCACUAUUGUAUCCACAGCUCUGCCUAAAAUUGGAUCAGAAUUGGACGCCAUAUCCAUCUGA